AAGCAACCAACAUGAAACCCCCCCUCCACCUGCCUGCUUGGCGCUUUCACUGCCACCCCUCAUUUUAACUCCCUCCAUCUUUCCCCAUCAUCGAUUCCCUUAUAACCCCCUAAUAAACCCACGCCUUAUCUUCCUCUUCCCUUUUCAAUGGCAGUCUCAAAACCCGCUCCUUUCUCUUCCUUCUCCCAAACCACCACUCACCACCUCACCCUUCCCCCCGGCAUAUCCCACGACGAGUUCCACGACUUAAUCCCUUCCAUAACUCAGUUGCACACCUACUCAGAUGGUCCCGGAAAAUGCUCUUCCUUAUUAGCCAAACGUAUCAGCGCCCCACACGACCUUGUCUGGUCCAUCGUCCGCCGUUUCGACAAACCCCAAGCUUACAAACAUUUCAUCCAAAGCUGUGCCGUUGAACAAGGUUCGCAAAUGGUGGUGGGGUGCACGCGUAAGGUCAACGUGAUCUCCGGCUUACCUGCUGAUACCAGCACCGAGAGACUGGAUAUUUUAGACGACGAAAGACGGGUCACCGGGUUUAGUAUCAUUGGAGGGGAGCACCGAUUGAGGAAUUACCGGUCUGUGACGACUGUACACGGUUUCAAUCGUAACGGGAAGAUCUGGACCGUCGUUUUGGAAUCUUACGUUGUCGAUGUUCCGGAAGGUAAUACGGAGGAAGACACGCGGCUGUUCGCCGAUACCGUUGUGAAGUUGAACUUGCAAAAGCUGGCGUCUGUUACCGAAGGGUUGGCGCGUGAUGAUGAUAAUGACGGUAAUAAUUCAUAGUUGAUGUUAAAAAAAAACACACGAGGGAAAAUAUAUGUACAUAUUAAAAUGAAAAUUUGUCUCUUUUCCUUUUACGGUGAGUUUUUGUGAGUAAUUUAAGUUCAUAAUAAGUUGUCUUUUCCUUUCUGAAUUUGGAUCAAUAUGAUCCAUUGUAAGGGCGUUUGAGUGAGUUUAUAUAUAUUCAAGUUUUUAAUUUUACAACAA